GGCUCGGGGAGGUACUACGGAGGGGGGGGCGACGGAGGCCGAGCCCCGAAGCGUCAGAAGACGGAAAACGCGGAACCGCCGCCUCAUGGGCCUGGAGGACCAGGGGGGGGCGGCGGGGCUGGGGCCGGCGGAGCGGAGAACUACGACGAUCCCCACAAGACCCCCGCGUCCCCCGUGGUUCACAUCCGGGGGCUGAUUGACGGCGUGGUGGAGGCCGACCUGGUGGAGGCCCUGCAGGAGUUUGGUCCCAUCAGUUACGUGGUGGUGAUGCCCAAGAAGCGACAGGCCCUGGUGGAGUUUGAGGACAUCCUGGGUGCCUGCAAUGCUGUCAACUACGCGGCCGACAACCAAAUCUACAUCGCCGGGCACCCGGCUUUUGUCAACUACUCCACCAGCCAGAAGAUCUCCCGCCCUGGGGACAGCGACGACUCCCGUGGCGUCAACAACGUUUUGCUCUUCACCAUCCUCAACCCCAUCUACUCCAUCACGACGGAUGUGCUCUACACCAUCUGCAACCCGUGUGGCCCCGUGCAGAGGAUUGUUAUCUUCAGGAAGAACGGCGUCCAGGCCAUGGUGGAGUUUGACUCGGUGCAGAGCGCGCAGCGAGCCAAAGCAUCCCUCAACGGGGCCGACAUCUACUCGGGGUGCUGCACGCUCAAGAUCGAAUACGCCAAGCCCACGCGCCUGAACGUGUUCAAGAACGACCAGGACACCUGGGACUACACCAACCCCAACCUCAGCGGACAAGGAGACCCUGGAGGCAACCCCAACAAGCGCCAGCGGCAGCCCCCCCUCCUGGGAGACCACCCUGCGGAGUACGGAGGACCCCACGGCGGAUACCACGGGCAUUACCACGACGAGGGCUACGGCCCCCCGCCGCCCCACUACGAAGGGAGGAGGAUGGGACCCCCGGUCGGGGGGCAUCGCCGGGGGCCCAGCCGUUACGGCCCCCAAUAUGGGCACCCCCCACCCCCACCGCCGCCCCCCGAGUACGGCCCUCACGCCGACAGCCCUGUGCUGAUGGUUUACGGUUUGGAUCAGUCCAAGAUGAACUGCGACCGCGUCUUCAACAUCUUCUGCCUCUACGGGAACGUGGAGAAGGUGAAGUUCAUGAAGAGCAAACCGGGGGCAGCCAUGGUGGAGAUGGCGGAUGGAUACGCCGUGGACAGGGCCAUCACCCACCUCAACAACAACUUCAUGUUCGGGCAGAAGCUGAACGUCUGCGUCUCCAAGCAGCAAGCCAUCAUGCCGGGGCAGUCUUACGGGCUGGAGGACGGCUCCUGCAGCUACAAGGACUUCAGUGGGUCACGCAACAACCGCUUUUCCACCCCUGAGCAGGCGGCCAAGAACCGCAUCCAGCACCCCAGCAACGUGCUGCACUUCUUCAACGCGCCCCUCGAGGUGACGGAGGAGAACUUCUACGAGAUCUGCGAUGAGCUGGGAGUGAAGCGGCCGUCCUCCGUCAAGGUUUUCUCUGGCAAGACCCCCGGGCUGAGGAAGGCUCACUCCUCUGCAGGCGAACGCAGCUCCUCGGGGCUGCUGGAGUGGGAAUCCAAGAGCGACGCACUGGAGACCCUCGGCUUCCUCAACCACUACCAGAUGAAGAACCCCAACGGGCCCUACCCCUACACGCUGAAGCUCUGCUUCUCCACCGCCCAGCACGCCUCCUAAAUGCGCCCCCCCCACCCCAGGGGCCCCCCCCGGCCGGACCCUGCCCUCUAUUUUUUUGUUUUUUGUUUUUUCUUUUUUUUUUUUUAAAAAAAACACAGAACAGUCACAGUAGAGGCUGCCUGCAGGGGAGGCCGUGGCGGUG